AUGGCCCCUCCUCCCGCCUCCAGGUCUGCGAUCCGCCGCCUGCUCAAUGCUGCGCAGCAUACUGCGUGUCCCUGCCAUGGGUGCCGUUCAGGAGGGUCACACAGUCCGUUGCAGGCCAUCAACCAGAUGCGCAAGUUCGCAACCCCUGUCGAGGCCCCGUCGAUGGAGAAGGAGUAUGCUUUCGAGGCGACGAACUUGAGAUUCGGCGAGGGUGUCACCCGUGAGGUCGGCAUGGAUCUCAAGAACAUGAAGGCGCGCAAGGUUGCCGUCUUCACGGAUCCCAUCGUCGCCAAGUUGCCGCCGGCCAAGAUGGCUAUUGCCUCACUGGAAUCCCAAAAUGACUUACCGUUCGUGGUCUAUGAUCGAGUGGUUGCGGAGCCCACGGAGGCCAGCUGGCGAGACGCGAUUGCCUGGGCGCGCGAACAAGACUGCAGUCAUUUUCUAGCAGUCGGCGGAGGGAGCGUUAUGGACACGGCGAAAGCAGCCAACUUGUUCUCUGUGUACAAGGAUGCCGAUCUAUUCGACUUUAUCAAUGCACCUGUUGGCAAAGGUCUCCCAAUAACACAAACUCUGCGACCACUAAUCGCAGUACCAACGACAGCAGGCACAGGGUCUGAGACGACUGGUACCGCUAUCCUCGACAUUACUUCCAUGUCCUUCAAGACCGGUAUCGCAAAUAGGGCCAUGAAGCCAACCCUCGGUAUAGUGGACACCCUGAACACUCGCUCAUGCUCAAGAGAGUUGCACAUUAGUGCCGGCCUGGAUGUCUUGUUCCACAGUCUUGAGAGUUACACGGCCAUCCCCUAUACGGAGCGCAUGCCGCGACCAUCCAACCCCAACCUCCGACCAGCAUAUCAGGGUAGCAACCCUGUCGCCGACAUCUUCUCCAUGUGGGCAUUACAGACCACUGUGAAGUGUCUCCCGCGAAUAUCGAAGGACCUCGGUGAUUACGAAGCCAUGCGACAAAUGAUGUUGGCUGCUUCAUUUGCAGGAAUCGGGUUCGGGAACGCCGGCGUGCACUUGUGCCAUGGAAUCAGUUACCCCGUCUCAGGGCUGAACAAGCAAGGACCGAAAUUCAAGUUUUCAGGAUACAACGUUGACCAUCCUAUUAUUCCACAUGGUGUCAGUGUUGCUCUGCCAGCACCUGCCGUUUUCCAAUUCACCGCGCCUUCCUCUCCCUCCCGCCACCGCGAAGCUCUCGCCAUCUUCCACGGUACGACGCCCGCAGACCCAAGCAUAUCCGCGAUUCCGGACAGCGAGAUUGGCGCGCACCUCUUCGAGGCCAUCGCGCGCUUCCUGGACAACCUCGGCCUGCCGCGGGGCCUGAAGGCUGUCGGAUACAAGAAGGACGACAUUAGCAAGCUAGUGGAGGGCACGAUCCCGCAGAGGCGUGUUCUGGAUCUUGCUCCUGGCAUAGGGGACGUUGCAGGUGCUGAUGGGAGGGAACACUUAACGAGGAUCAUCGAGAACUCGAUGGAAUAUUGA